GUGUGGCCACCAGCAGCGAGGUCACCACGGAGUCAGAUACGACGGCUGAGCCAGACCUGGUCUCCUUCUGUGCCUCCCUCGGCAACACUCGUGCUCUCAGAGUUCCUGCACUCUUCAAACCUGAUGGGGACUAUCAAACUGUGGCGGACAUGGUGGGCGGAAGGUCGAGGACUGAAUCCACCACCAGCCAUGAGGAGAGUUCAGACGAAGCGAGGGGCAAUUCAGCCUCCCACCGCCGCUCUCGCCAGGAGCCCCAGCCCAGGCAGGGCCACAGACCAUCCCGUGGUGACCCAGACUACAGCUAUGCCAGGCCCGUCAAGAAGCAAGGACCUCCACCUCCACCUCUUUCCUCCACUGAGAGUAACAGUGCAGAGUAUGGUGAUGGUUGGCCCAAAAUUGAGAGUGAAGAAACCUACAGUCGAAGGCACACGCUAGAGUUCUCCGAGGCAGAAUGUGAUCACCCCUCCAGCAAGCAAGGUAUUGAACCUCUAGAACAACUCAUGGUGGACCUGGAGAUGGAGAAGAUGGUUUUGGAUGGAGGCAAGACAGUCAAGGUAUACACCACAGCUCUCUGACACCACUAGUAACCCCAAGAAACUGGUGAGUGGGGCCAUCAAAAGACACUAGGGUAAAUGGAGGCAAAUGAUGCAAAACUGACGAGUGGUGAAAAAAGACAUGGGUUUCAAGUUAUGACAGAGUGGUCGACACACCCAGGAGUGACAACUGUAGCAUUCAAAUACUCAUGUUUGCCAGCCUCAUUGUAUCAUUCCACACACUGGACACCUGAUUUUUACCACUUGCUAGGUUGUAAUUGGUGAAAAAGGCAGAGCUGUGGAGAGGAACUUUAUGGAGACAUCUUGCUUAUGAGCUUUUUUUCUUUUUUUUUUUAGUUAAUAAAGAAGCUUCUCCACAGGUGAAACAUCACAAUAAAAUUCCUUUCUGUGGAUGUUUUUUUUUUUUUUUCACAAAUUAAAAUGGAGUGUCUAAUGUAUGGAGUGAUGAAGCAAGCCUGAAGAAUAUGAAGGUCUGAUUGCUGCACUUACCACCCUUGGAUCUAGUUUUUGACACCUUUGUCAUAACUCAAAACUGUGACAACCAUUCACCUAACAACUAUGUUUAUCAAUGAUCACCUGGACAUUUUUUGUAAGGAAUAAGAGCUUCCAGGAAAAUAUCUCGACAGACUGGUUACUGAAGAACUACUUGUGAAAAGACUUGGUCCACUUAGAUACAGUUCAAGAGGCUCAUAUAUGGAACUAAUCUCAAUUUUUAAGGAGCCUCUUGACAAAAUAAUCAUUGUAUUCAUGGAAAGUUUUAAAUACAUCACCUAGAAAAUGCGAAGUUUAA